UCUACGAGAGGGAGAGAGAGAGAAAUCCGGUUAAAAUCCUAGUCGGAGGGAGGUUUAACCACAGAUCGGUUCCGAUCGGAUUAUUCCUUAAAGGGGACGUGCCAUUGUCAAGAGAACGGAGCCUGGGGCCCGAGGGCGGGGACCGGCGGCGCUGGAGAAGCCAGGCGGCUGCACUUGGACGGGGGUCGGCCUUCAACAUUCCAUAUUCUGCUUCAUACAUGGAGAAUCACUCCUCCUUUGCUCCUGUGUACCUACUUGAGUGCCUGUAAAGAAUAAGCUCCUGGUUGAAAAGGUUUCUAGAUGGAUCCUUUUCAAAUUUGUUGUCUUUUCUACAAACUCUGUGCCUCAACAUCCAUUUCUAAGUGAGCCGAAGCCAUUUAUUUGAAUCUUGGAUGACUAGCUUCUAAAUGCUUAAUUCUGAAAACUGCCCAAGUCAUAAAAUCAGGAUUAGAUGAUCCAAGUUACCACCAAGAAAUUUCAGACUCAAGUGACACGCUUCAGCAGUGAGCAAAGUAAACAAAUACUGUGCUUCUUCUAACUUUCAUUCUACUUGGGGAAAAAGGAAUAUCAUCAUGUCAAACAUUACGAUUGACCCUGAUGUCAAGCCUGGUGAAUAUGUCAUCAAGAGCCUCUUUGCAGAAUUUGCCAUUCAAGCUGAAAAGAAAAUUGAAGUUGUAAUGGCUGAACCCUUGGAAAAGUUAUUGUCCAGAUCUCUUCAGAGGGGUGAAGAUCUUCAGUUUGACCAGUUGAUAAGCUCUAUGAGCUCAGUAGCAGAGCACUGUCUCCCUUCCUUACUUCGCACCUUGUUUGACUGGUACAGACGACAAAAUGGAACUGAAGAUGAAUCUUAUGAGUACAGGCCUCGCUCUAGCACAAAGUCUAAGGGAGAUGAACAGCAACGAGAAAGAGAUUAUCUUCUGGAAAGACGGGACUUAGCAGUAGAUUUCAUUUUUUGUUUAGUUUUAGUUGAAGUUCUAAAGCAGAUUCCUGUUCAUCCUGUACCUGAUCCCUUAGUUCACGAAGUUCUGAACUUAGCUUUUAAGCACUUUAAACAUAAGGAAGGAUAUUCAGGAACCAACACUGGGAAUGUGCAUAUAAUUGCAGAUUUAUAUGCAGAGGUCAUAGGGGUUCUUGCCCAAUCAAAGUUUCAGGCUGUAAGGAAGAAGUUUGUGACAGAAUUGAAAGAACUACGACAGAAGGAACAAAGUCCACAUGUGGUCCAAAGUGUAAUCAGCUUAAUAAUGGGAAUGAAAUUUUUCCGUGUGAAAAUGUAUCCUGUAGAAGAUUUUGAAGCAUCAUUUCAGUUUAUGCAGGAAUGUGCUCAGUAUUUCUUAGAAGUAAAAGAUAAAGAUAUAAAACAUGCACUUGCUGGUUUAUUUGUGGAGAUUCUUAUCCCUGUAGCUGCUGCUGUUAAAAAUGAAGUGAAUGUUCCUUGUUUGAAGAAUUUCGUAGAGAUGCUUUAUCAGACUACUUUCGAAUUGAGCUCCAGGAAGAAGCAUUCAUUGGCUUUGUAUCCACUAAUUACCUGCCUUUUAUGUGUCAGUCAGAAGCAGUUUUUUUUAAAUAACUGGCAUAUUUUCCUACAGAACUGUUUGUCACAUUUAAAGAAUAAAGAUCCUAAAAUGUCUCGAGUUGCACUGGAAUCUUUGUAUAGAUUGUUGUGGGUUUAUGUUAUUAGAAUAAAAUGUGAAAGCAACACUGUAACUCAAAGUCGCCUAAUGAGUAUCGUGUCAGCACUUUUCCCAAAAGGCUCUAGAAGUGUGGUGCCUCGUGACACACCUCUUAAUAUAUUUGUGAAGAUUAUUCAGUUCAUUGCUCAGGAACGUUUGGAUUUUGCAAUGAAAGAAAUAAUAUUCGAUCUUCUAAGUGUUGGAAAAUCUACUAAAACUUUCACCAUUAAUCCAGAGAGAAUGAACAUAGGCCUCAGAGUCUUCCUCGUAAUAGCAGACAGUUUGCAGCAGAAAGAUGGUGAGCCACCCAUGCCAACAACAGGAGUGAUUCUUCCCUCAGGAAAUACUCUUCGGGUAAAGAAAAUUUUUCUCAAUAAAACCUUGACAGAUGAAGAGGCAAAAGUCAUAGGAAUGUCAGUUUACUAUCCUCAAGUAAGAAGAGCACUAGAUAGCAUUCUCCGACAUUUGGACAAAGAAGUUGGGAGACCAAUGUGUAUGACUAGUGUGCAGAUGUCUAAUAAGGAGCCUGAAGAUAUGAUUACGGGUGAAAGAAAACCCAAAAUUGAUUUGUUUAGAACUUGUAUUGCUGCGAUUCCAAGAUUGAUUCCAGAUGGUAUGAGUAGAACUGACCUCAUUGAAUUGUUAGCAAGGCUCACAGUUCAUAUGGAUGAAGAACUGCGUGCUCUGGCUUUCAAUACACUGCAGGCACUAAUGCUUGAUUUUCCAGAUUGGCGGGAGGAUGUUCUUUCAGGAUUUGUUUAUUUUAUUGUCCGUGAAGUGACUGAUGUCCACCCUACCCUUCUUGAUAACGCUGUAAAGAUGCUGGUACAGUUAAUAAAUCAGUGGAAACAAGCAGCCCAGAUGCAUAACAAAAACCAGGACUCUCAGCAUGGUGUUGUUAAUGGAGCGUCUCAUCCCCCUCCUCUGGAAAGGAGCCCAUAUUCCAGUGUGUUCCAUGUAGUGGAAGGGUUUGCACUUGUCAUUCUCUGUAGCAGCCGACCUGCCACUAGGAGAUUAGCCGUCAGUGUCCUUAGAGAAAUUCGGGCUUUAUUUGCACUUUUGGAAAUACCUAAGGGUGAUGAUGAAUUAGCAAUAGAUGUAAUGGACAGGCUGAGCCCAUCCAUUCUGGAGAGCUUCAUACAUCUCACUGGAGCUGAUCAGACUACUCUGUUGUAUUGCCCCAGCUCUAUAGAUUUACAGACAUUAGCAGAAUGGAACUCUUCUCCCAUUAGCCACCAGUUUGAUGUGAUUAGUCCAUCGCACAUAUGGAUAUUUGCACAUGUGACCCAAGGCCAAGACCCAUGGAUCAUAAGUCUCUCUAGUUUUUUAAAGCAAGAGAACCUUCCUAAACACUGUUCUACAGCUGUGAGCUAUGCCUGGAUGUUUGCAUACACAAGGCUUCAGUUGUUGUCCCCGCAGGUUGAUAUAAAUAGCCCUAUCAAUGCUAAGAAAGUAAAUACAACCACAAGCAGUGACUCAUACAUUGGCCUGUGGAGAAACUAUCUGAUUCUUUGCUGCAGUGCGGCAACAUCCAUGUCAUCUCCAGCAUCUGCAGGUUCUGUGAGGUGUUCUCCUCCUGAGACGCUGGCGUCCACCCCCGACAGCGGCUAUAGCAUUGACUCCAAAAUUAUUGGCAUCCCAUCCCCCUCAUCCUUGUUUAAGCACAUAGUUCCAAUGAUGCGCUCCGAGAGCAUGGAAAUCACAGAAUCCCUGGUUCUAGGACUUGGCAGGACCAACCCAGGAGCUUUUAGGGAAUUAAUAGAGGAAUUACAUCCGAUAAUUAAAGAAGCACUUGAAAGAAGGCCAGAGAAUAUGAAGCGGCGCAGGCGUCGAGACAUACUGCGAGUACAGCUGGUACGAAUAUUUGAACUGCUGGCAGAUGCUGGUGUCAUUAGUCACAGUGCAAGUGGUGGCCUUGACAAUGAAACACAUUUUCUGAACAACACCCUAUUGGAAUAUGUAGAUCUAACUAGACAACUCCUGGAAGCAGAAAAUGAAAAAGACUCUGACACGCUGAAGGAUAUACGAUGCCAUUUCAGUGCCUUAGUGGCGAAUAUCAUUCAGAACGUUCCAGGUAUUGUUUCGGCUAUGUCUGCUGUACUCUGUUGUGGCCCUGUUGCAGAUAAUGUAGGACUUUCAUCAGAUGGCUAUCUGUACAAAUGGUUGGAUAACAUCUUAGACUCUCUGGACAAAAAGGUUCAUCAUUUGGGCUGUGAAGCAGUCACGUUGCUGCUGGAGCUGAACCCUGAUCAGAGCAACCUGAUGUACUGGGCUGUGGACCGGUGUUACACGGGCUCCAAGAGAGUAGCAGCCGGCUGCUUUAAAGCCAUCGCUAAUGUAUUCCAGAACAGGGAUUAUCAGUGUGACACAGUGAUGCUCCUAAAUCUAAUACUGUUUAAAGCAGCUGACUCUUCUAGAAGCAUCUAUGAAGUUGCUAUGCAACUUUUACAGAUUCUGGAACCGAAGAUGUUUCGCUACGCUCAUAAAUUGGAGGUUCAGAGAACAGAUGGAGUGCUCAGCCAGCUGUCCCCGCUGCCACAUCUGUAUUCUGUCUCAUAUUACCAGUUAUCUGAGGAAUUAGCAAGGGCAUAUCCUGAGCUCACACUCGCCAUAUUCUCAGAGAUCAGCCAGAGGAUUCAGACAGCUCAUCCAGCGGGGCGGCAGGUCAUGCUGCACUACCUGCUACCAUGGAUGAACAACAUCGAGCUGGUGGAUUUGAAACCUCUGCCCACAGCAAGGCGGCAGGAGGAUGAGGAAGAUGAAUCCUUAAAAGACAGAGAACUCAUGGUGACUAGCAGACGCUGGUUACGGGGAGAAGGCUGGGGAUCCCCACAAGCCACUGCCAUGGUUUUGAACAACUUGAUGUACAUGACGGCAAAGGUGAAGAAAGUUAUCGUUUAUUUAGGUAGAGACAAAACGAUGCAGUUGCUAGAAGAGCUGGUGAGUGAGCUACAGCUGACGGACCCUGUCAGUGCAGGGGUCACUCACAUGGACAACCCCCCCUACUACCGCAUCACUUCCAGCUGCAAAGUCCCCUCUGUCACCUCAGGAACUACUUCUAGUAGCAAUACAAUGGUAGCUCCCACAGAUGGCAACCUUGACAAUAAGCCCAUAAAAGAGAACCUAGAGGAGAGCUAUGUACAUCUGGACAUCUACAGUGGACUGAACAGUCACUUAAACCGCCAACAUCACAGACUAGAAUCUCGGUACAGUAGCAGCUCUGGAGGAUCUUAUGAAGAAGAAAAAAGUGAUUCAAUGCCACUUUAUUCUAAUUGGCGACUGAAAGUGAUGGAGCAUAACCAAGGAGAGCCACUGCCCUUCCCACCAGCUGGAGGCUGCUGGUCACCACUGGUGGAUUACGUGCCUGAAACGUCAACACCUGGAUUACCUCUUCACAGGUGUAACAUCGCGGUGAUCCUUUUGACUGAUCUGAUCAUUGAUCACAGUGUGAAGGUGGAAUGGGGAAGCUAUCUCCAUCUUCUUCUUCAUGCAAUUUUUAUAGGGUUUGAUCACUGCCACCCUGAGGUGUAUGAACAUUGUAAACGCCUGCUUCUGCACUUAUUAAUAGUGAUGGGACCCAACAGUAACAUUCGAACUGUUGCUUCUGUCCUACUCAGGAACAAGGAGUUCAAUGAGCCCAGGGUGCUGACAGUCAAACAAAUUGCACACUUAGAUUAUACUUUCACAGCAGGCAUUAAUGAUUUUAUACCUGAUUACCAGCCCUCCCCUAUGACCGACUCAGGGCUUAGCUCAAGUUCUACCUCUUCUAGUAUCAGCUUAGGAAACAACAGCGCUGCCAUUUCACACCUGCAUACCACCCUUCUCAACGAGGUGGACAUCUCAGUGGAACAGGAUGGAAAAGUCAAAACCCUCAUGGAAUUCAUUACCUCAAGGAAAAGGGGGCCUCUUUGGAACCAUGAGGAUGUUUCUGCCAAGAACUCCAGCAUAAAGAGUGCUGAACAGUUAACUACAUUUUUGAAACAUGUGGUUUCUGUUUUUAAGCAGUCAAGCUCAGAAGGCAUUCAUUUGGAACAUCAUCUUAGUGAAGUUGCUCUGCAAACGGCGCUUUCUUGUUCUUCUCGACACUAUGCUGGGAGAUCCUUUCAGAUUUUCAGGGCCCUGAAGCAGCCACUGUCUGCAGCUACACUUUCUGAUGUUCUCUCCAGGCUUGUGGAAACUGUAGGGGACCCAGGAGAAGACGCCCAGGGAUUUGUAAUUGAGCUGCUUCUCACCUUGGAAUCUGCAAUUGAUACUUUGGCGGAGACCAUGAAACAUUAUGAUCUUCUUUCUGCCCUUUCUCAAACCUCAUACCGUGAUCCUAUAAUGGGAAACAAGUAUGCAGCUAACAGGAAAAGCACUGGACAACUCAAUCUAAGCACAAGUCCCAUUAAUAGUAGCAGUUAUUUGGGAUCCAACAGUAAUACAAGAAGUAACUCUCUGAGAUUAAGUUUAAUUGGUGACCGAAAAGGUGACCGGCGGCGCAGUAACACACUGGAUAUAAUGGAUGGACGGAUAAACCAUAGCAAUAGCUUAGCUAGGACUAGAAGCCUUUCCUCUCUGCGGGAGAAAGGCACAUAUGACGUGCAGUCCACUACUGAGCCUACCAACUUGAUGGCCACCAUCUUUUGGAUAGCAGCAUCUUUAUUAGAAUCAGACUAUGAAUAUGAAUACCUCCUGGCUCUCAGACUUCUCAACAAACUGCUUAUCCACUUGCCUUUGGAUAAAUCGGAGAGUCGAGAGAAGAUUGAAAAUGUACAAAACAAAUUGAAGUGGAAUAAUUUUCCAGGCCUUCAACAGCUCUUCCUUAAAGGUUUUACCUCAGUAUCUACUCAAGAAAUGACCGUACACCUCCUCAGUAAACUUAUUUCUGUCUCCAAACACACAUUGGUGGAUCCUUCCCAGUUGUCAGGCUUUCCUCUUAACAUCCUUUGCUUAUUGCCUCAUUUAAUCCAGCAUUUUGACAGCCCAACUCAGUUUUGCAGAGAAACAGCUAGCCGGAUAGCAAAGGUUUGUGCAGAAGAAAAAUGUCCCACGCUUGUGAAUCUGGCUCACAUGAUGAGUCUGUAUAGUACGCACACGUACUCCAGAGACUGUUCUAACUGGAUCAAUGUCGUGUGCAGAUACCUGCAUGACUCCUUCUCAGAUACCACAUUCAGCCUUGUGACGUACCUAGCAGAGUUGCUAGAAAAAGGAUUGUCCAGUAUGCAGCAAUCAUUACUCCAGAUUAUCUACAGUCUGUUGAGUCACAUUGACUUGUCGGCAGCCCCAACCAAGCAGUUUAAUCUGGAGAUCAUAAAGAUUAUUGGCAAAUAUGUUCAGAGUCCUUACUGGAAAGAAGCCCUCAACAUAUUAAAACUAGUGGUGUCACGCUCUGCAAGCCUUGUUGUACCCAACGACAUCCCAAAGGCCUAUGCGGGAGACAUAGGCUCUCCUGAAAUAUCCUUCACCAAAAUCUUCAAUAAUGUGUCCAAGGAGUUGCCUGGGAAAACCUUAGAUUUUCAUUUUGACAUCUCUGAGACCCCCAUCAUCGGUAAUAAGUAUGGCGACCAGCACAGUGCAGCUGGGAGGAAUGGCAAACCCAAGGUGAUUGCUGUCACGAGAAGCACUUCCUCUACUUCCUCUGGCUCCAACUCCAAUGCCUUGGUCCCUGUCAGUUGGAAAAGGCCACAGUUAUCACAGAGAAGAACAAGAGAAAAGCUAAUGAAUGUGCUUUCUCUCUGUGGCCCAGAAUCUGGCCUCCCAAAGAACCCAUCAGUUAUAUUUUCCUCUAAUGAGGACUUAGAGGCCGGUGACCAGCAGCCCAGCCUGAUUUCUACCACCGAAGACGCCAUGCAGGAGGAAGAGGUGGCCCUGGAGGACAAUAACAGUGAACAACAGUUUGGCGUCUUUAAGGAUUUUGACUUUUUAGAUGUUGAACUGGAAGAUGCAGAGGGUGAAAGCAUGGACAAUUUCAACUGGGGAGUCAGGCGGCGCUCACUGGACAGCAUCGACAAAGGGGAUACACCGUCCCUCCAGGAGUACCAGUGCUCCAGCAGCACCCCCAGCCUGACGCUGACAAACCAGGAGGACACCGAUGAGUCUUCUGAGGAGGACGCAGCCCUCACAGCCAGCCAGAUCCUCUCCCGCACACAAAUGCUAAACAACGACUCUGCUGUUGAUGAACUGACGCCAGAGCAUCCUGACUUGCUUCUUCAAUCUCAAGAUUCCACCAACAGCAACACAACAGAAGAAGUGCUGCAAAUCAGAGCUGAGACCCCCAGUUUGGAGGCCUGUCUAGAUAAUGCUAGCAGCCAGCUGCCUGAGGAUGCAAGUUCAGUAUUAAAGGAGGAUCAUGUUACAGCCUUUGAAGAUGAAGGGUCAUAUCUUACACAAGAACAGCAGGAGGACUCUCUUGUGUGUCAAGGAAUUCUUGACUUAGAAGAAACUGAUAUGCCAGAACCAUUGGCUUCUGAAAGCUACCCAGAGUCAGUCUGCGAAGAGGAUGUUACCUUGGCUUUGAAAGAGCUUGAUGAAAGAUGCGAAGAAGAGGAAGCAGAUUUCUCUGGACUGUCUAGUCAAGACGAGGAUGAGCAGGACGGCUUUCCAGAAGUGCAGACAUCACCUCUGCCCUCGCCCUUUCUUUCUGCCAUCAUUGCGGCUUUUCAGCCCGUGGCCUGUGAUGAUGAAGAGGAAGCCUGGCGCUGCCACGUCAAUCAGAUGCUGUCAGACACCGAUGGGUCCUGCGCAGUGUUCACUUUUCAUGUGUUUUCAAGGCUGUUUCAGACAAUUCAGAGGAAGUUUGGAGAGAUAACUAAUGAGGCAGUCGGGUUUCUGGGUGAGAGUCUGCAGCGCAUUGGUACCAAAUUUAAAAGUUCCUUGGACGUGAUGAUGAUGUGUUCCGAGUGUCCGACGGUCUUUGUGGAUGCUGAAACGCUGAUGUCAUGUGAUUUGCUAGAAACACUCAAGUUCAGUGUUUUAGAGCUUCAAGAACACCUGGAUACCUACAAUGCCAAAAGAGAAGCAGCUGAACAGUGGUUAGACAAUUGUAAAAGGACAUUUGGUGCCAAAGAAGACAUAUAUAGGAUAAACCCAGAUGCACAGCAAAUGGAAAUUCUAGCAGAACUGGAACUCUGCAGAAGGUUAUACAAACUGCAUUUCCAACUGCUGCUUCUGUUCCAGGCCUAUUGUAAACUCAUCAACCAAGUAAAUACAGUAAAAAAUGAAGCAGAGGUCAUCAACAUGUCAGAGGAGCUUGCCCACCUAGAGAGCAUCCUCAAGGAAGCAGAGGCUGCUUCAGAAAACGAAGAAAUUGACAUUUCCAAGGCUGUACAAACCACCACAGAAACUGCCAUUCAUUCUCUGAUUGAAACUCUGAAAAAUAAGGAAUUUGUAUCAGCCGUAGCACAAGUCAAAGCAUUCAGGACUCUCUGGCCCAAUGACAUCUUUGGCAGCUGCGAGGAUGACCCAGUGCAGACGCUGUUGCACAUCUACUUCCACCAUCAGACGCUGGGCCAGACGGGCAGCUUCGCAGUCAUAGGCUCCAACCUUGACAUGUCGGAAGCCAACUACAAACUGAUGGAACUCAACCUGGAGAUAAGAGAGUCUCUGCGCAUGGUGCAAUCAUACCAACCGCUAGCACAGGCCAAAUCGAUUGGGAAUAUGGUGAGCACUGGAUUCUGAGAAGCUUCAGGCAUUGUGGAGAGAAACUGAAGAUUAUUAAGAUUAUUAACCAAGCACCUUUUAUGAACCCUUGCAACUCACUGAUAAACUUUUCUGGCAGCACCUACAAUUAAAGUGUAACUAAUAAUAAACUAGCAAAAGCAAACAUCUGAAGAAAGAAAAAAACUGUAAUUGUUUUAACAGGCUGCCAAUACCUCCCAUAAUAACUGUAUAAAGAAGAAAAUUUUAAAAAUACGUUAUCCUAUAUGAAAAGAAAAGGGCUAAAAGUGAUGCAUACAAAUACAUUACUUUCUGGAGAAAGCAAAGAAUUCCAAGAAUGUUUGCAAUAAAGGCCUCUGAUACUGGGACAUCAGAACAGGCAAAAUGAGGCUGAAGUCACAGCUGACGCUUUUGAGCAGAUGACCUGCAAAGCUGCUUGGAUUCACCCACAUAAUCUACAGUUAGUGCUUGAUCAUCUACAUGAACAUCCAGUCACGUGGAUACACACAGACUUAUUUGCAGAAACCAUUGAGUUCUUUCAAUUUAUGGGAUAAGGGUUUGGAUUGUUUGUGUGUUGGGGGAGGGGGGGUUGAUCUGUGUAAGGAAUUAUGUGUGUGUGAGUGGGGAUGUAUGGGUAUUUUCAAGGUGUGGAUGUCUGGUGGUGAUAUCUAAGAGCAUGCCUAAAAGAGCACUGCAAGAUUAUUUUUGAAGAAAUUUUAUUUUAUUAGCUCUAACUCUUCAUAGUGUGUAAAUGUUAGAACAUUUUAAUAAUAUUUUAAAUCUGGGCUUUCCCAGUAUUUCAAAAAGAAAUAAUAUAUCUGUUAAGGUUAUUGGAAUGCUGCUCAGUUCUCUGAUCAGUGCUUAUGUUACGAUUGUUGAUAACUAACCAAAGUAGAUGCCUGCAGAGACUUUAAAAUGUAAAAAUAAAGAUGUAUGCUGCCCGUCAGCGAUUCUCAUUAGAAAAGUUAACUUAUUUUACUCCAUAAUUAUUAUAGAAACUGUAUAGACUAAAACCAGUAUUUUCUUGUACAUUUGUGCCAUGCACUGUUACACAAGAGUAGGUGUACAAGGCUAAAGGAAGAAUUGCGGUCAUUUAUGGUAGACCACCGGGCUUGCAGGCCAUGAAGUCUAUUGAAUCCAAAAGAAGAGAUGCAAAUGCGUUUUCCUGCGAUUCUUCUGGACUCACAUGCUUCAUGCUAAAGGAACCUGGGGGCUCGGGAAACAGAAAGGAAGCCUGAAGACUGACUACCAAAACUCGCAAUAUACUUACCCACUGAGUCUGUAGCAUAACAUGAACUGGAUUCUCUGUCCUUUUUUUAAAAUAGCAUUUUGUAAAAGAAAUGAAUGUAGUCCCACGACUCCUGAUUUGAAAGGAACACCUUAUAUUUUUUAUAUGCAUCUCUUAUCCACUGUGACUUUCUUUUAAACUGGACUCUGUGGUUGCAGAGUUUGGAAUGCAGAAAUGAAAUGCUUAGCUUUGCCUUUCUUGGGGGCGUGGACCCUGCCAGAAAUGUAAUUAUGCUCAAGUGCAUUAAUUGAAGGCACUGUGCACGCCGUUGGACUGCUGACCAUAGUUAUGUUCCCUACUGGUCACGGCACAUUCAUAAUCACUGUAUUUUUUUGACCCUGAUAAAAAAAUAUUUUAAUGGUGUUCUGGUACUGUAAAUGGUGUCCUUUAAAUUAUUUAAUAACUUUUGGGUAUGGGGCAGGCAGAGAGGGAUGGUGUCCAGAGACACAACCACACUUUACACCCUAUCUUACUCUCCCCUAUCUUCUUACCCUGCCUACAUCCUUUUUGUUAAAAAUAAAAAAAAGCAUUGCGUA